CUGGGAAGCCACCGCCUACUGCGCAGCAGCAGCCCAGGUGACGAAGAUGGUGCUCAUCAAGGAAUACCGUGUCGUGUUGCCGGUCUCUGUUGAAGAGUAUCAAGUAGGGCAGCUGUACUCUGUGGCUGAGGCUAGCAAGAAUGAGACCGGAGGAGGAGAGGGCAUCGAAGUGCUGAAAAAUGAACCUUAUGAGAAGGAAGGCGAGAAGGGACAAUAUACACACAAAAUCUAUCAUCUAAAGAGUAAAGUCCCUGGCUAUGUGAAGAUGAUUGCACCAGAGGGAGCGUUAGUAUUUCAUGAAAAAGCUUGGAACGCUUACCCAUACUGUCGCACUAUUGUGACGAAUGAGUACAUGAAAGACGACUUUAUGAUAAAGAUCGAGACGUGGCACAAACCCGACAUGGGGACAAUAGAAAAUGUCCAUGACCUGGAUGAGGAGACAUGGAGGACUGUGGAUGUGGUGCCCAUAAAUAUUGCAAACAAAGAAGAAGUGGCUCCAGGGGACUACAAGCCAGAAGAAGAUCCUGCCCUCUUCCACUCCGCCAAGACGGGCAGAGGCCCGCUAGGUCCUGACUGGAAGGAUGAGCUGAAACCAGACUGUCCUUACAUGUGUGCAUAUAAACUGGUCACUGUCAAGUUCAGAUGGUGGGGCCUGCAGACCAAAGUGGAGAACUUCAUCCACAGGCAAGAAAAGCGAAUUUUCACCAAUUUCCACCGCCAGCUGUUCUGCUGGAUCGAUAAAUGGGUGGGUUUGACCAUGGAGGACAUCCGGCGGAUGGAGGAGGAGACCCAGAAAGAACUGGAGGAGAUGCGUCAGAAAGGUGAUGUGCGAGGCACCACUGCAACAGACGAGUAGAGGCUCUGCGCUGUAGGUCAAACACUAGAGGCAGGCUGACUGCGUCAAAAAGGUCCGAUUCGAGGCACCAGUGCUGCUCAUGAGCAGUGAGGCAAAUCAACCAAACCCUGUCAUGAUGAUGUCAUCAGAGACGCGCCCAACCCCACCGAGAAAGCGGCCCCGACUUCGCCUCUUCCUGUCUCACAUGAUUCAUUGGGGGGGUUUGAUAAGAUUGGUUAACAGUACUGUACAGAUCCCAGCCCUGUCACAAGCCUCCUGUUCACUCAGUUAACACACAAAAAAAGAUUAAAAAAAAACAAAAAAAAUACAUGUUUUUGCAUACAUAUUAAAAAAAAAAGAAAAAAAAUGCACAGAAUAUAAAUUGCCUGAAAUGUAAUUGUUAGUUGAUUCUAAUGGGCUUUGUUUUUAUCCAGGACUCCAAGCCUUUUCAAUUAGAACGUUGUUUUUAGCUAACACAGGCCCCCGCCAGAACCCGCUCCCUUUAAGCAGAAGUCUGACAUUUAUCCUCUCUUGUAUUAUAAAACUGUCUCUAUUUGAUUCCCCACGCCGCAGUCCGAAUGUUUCGUCCUCGUUUUUCCCUCCUCUGCUUCAUCCCGCUCUCCCCUCUGUCUGCCGGUACUUUUCUUAGGUGAUUUCUGUGUCUUGUAAAGAAAACCGUUAUUUUCUCCGUUCGCCCAUAUUCAGCCCCGCCCUCAUGUUUGGUCGUGGAGCGUCUGUGCUCCUCCCCAUCACUGCAUGUAGUAGCUGCAGUGCAGCUCCAUUAGGAUCUACUGUUCAGAGUGUAAGGGAGAGACGCUUCCCGUCAGCGUGUGCGUUCCUGCGCUUCUUUCCAACUGCCUUCGCUCUCUGAGGACGGUCGUUGAUUUUUCUUUUUUUGGGGGGGUCUGAGCCGGAGAGCUGCAGAUCCAGGUUAAACCAGCCUUCUGAAUUUUGCCUCACGCUGUCGCUGCUUGGCCUUCCUCCUCGGCUAGGGCUUUAACUGGACGGCUCGCGCGGCCUCCAGAGCAAAACUAAAGUGUGAGUGUGCAUUGCUGUGUGCAUGAAUCAGGUUAGGGGGGUUUUAUAUCUUCAUUAUGUAUCCUAAUCAGAAAUCUGUCAACUGUAAGAAAUGGGUCCAGGCAAAUCCGCCGUGUUUGUUAGGGAUUGUUUGGGGGUAUUUUUUUUGGUCCAUAUCCAAUUAUUUUUCCAAGCUUGUUUAAAAAAUAUUAAAACCUUUUUUUUAUUGUUUUUUUUUUCUGGCUUAGGAUGAGAAUAGCUUCAAUUAACAAACUUUUGCGCAUUUUUUUUCUUCAACAGAUCCUUCUUACAACUUUGGCUACAUCACAUGAGAUUUCCCCAUCAGAGUUUUUUUAUUUUUAUCAUGAGCUUAAGGUUAAAGAUGGCGUCAUGGCUUUACGACUUGCGAUCCUGGUUCGAGGUGUUAGACUUUUUAAGGUUUUAUGGUCGUUGGUGUAGAAACAGUUUAAUGGAAGCUAUACUGUAACUGUACUCUUUAUUAAAUCCCAUAAUAAAGUGGACAAAGUGUAGAUAUAAACUUCACUGGGCUUUUAACGUCGUCAGGGUUUCUCGUUUAAUAUUGUGCCGCGGUUUAUUUCUUGACGGCAGGUGGUAUCCGCCCUGUAGGCAGAGUGCAAAGCGGCGCCAGCUGUACCUCAUCCAUGCUUAUGAAUGUGUUGCUGCAGACGAUAGAGAGCGGCGGCGUGUUUUACACAGAUCUGAUAUCGCCGGCUCAUGAGGACAAGCGGUUGGACAAAGCCUAGAUUUGCAUGCUCGGUUUUAUUUUUUUAAACUUUCUUUUUUUUUUGCUCUUAUACUGUUUUGUUGUUUCUUUAGCAGCACCUUUAUGAGUCUCGAACUGCGUCAGACGAGGUGGCCGGUUAAAGGGCGGCCUUCCCCUCACUAUCAGACUCUCCUGAGCUCGACCUCUGACCCCGAGACGAGGAGUGAAAGGCCUCAGAGCCUGAUGGUGACGGGAGUCGCCCUGUACGGUGAUACCAGCCGGUGGAUACUGUAAGGAGGGAAGAGCUUGAAGCAUAGGAAAAGAGAUGGAGUCCAAAAUACUGUUUGUUUUUUUCUUAUUUUAAUCCUGAAUAAGCACUUGCAAAAUCUUAAGGGUUUUUUUCUAAAUGUUUUUGUUUAUUUUUUUGGACAAAGAUUCAUAAUGUAUUGGAGUUUUCUCUUUCUGAUAAGGCAAACAUUCAGGGGAAUUGGUAGUGAAUGUAAAACAAUUAGUACCUUUUUUUCUUUGUUUCACAGCUUUCAGGCUGUGAAGGAAGAUAGACAAUGGAGCAUAACAGAAUAUCUAAUAAAUUUGAA